AUGCCGCAUUCCCCAUCCAGCGACAGUCUCCCCAUGUCGGCGCGAUCCCGGGGCUCGAUCUACACCAACGCGUCCUCUGUACACACCCUAUCGGCGGAUACGGACGGCCUUCAUCGUCUCCUCGCGACAAGAGAUCUUACCACCCAUGUUAUUGCCGGCGCGUUCGAGGAGUACGCGUGGAGGGGUGUCCUGCGGGGUACGAGGGUGCGGGACUGGUGCGAAGGCCUCAGGACUCUUUUGGAUGAGCUUCACAUCGUCGAGGAACUCCACAUUGCUCUGCAGACACCCGCUUUCGCGACCCUCUUCCCAUUCCUCUCCCUCAUCACCGGCCCUAAUGGCUGCGAAGCCCACUUCAUCUACCCCCCACCUACACUCCCCGCCGACCAGCUCACGUCCCUCGAUAGCGAUACCCUCGUCGACACCGUUCUCAGCCUGCUGGAGGGGAGCGAGAUUGUCUCGCCAGAUGAUCUCGCCGCGCCGGUCACCGAGCUCGUCCUCGAGUACAUUGGUGCGGUAUGGCGGCAGAUGGCGAGCGAUGAGAUCACGGGUCUCAGUGCAGCCGAUGGCGUUGCCAAGGCGCUGGUCGAGCUGGAAUUUGAGAUGCAAUGCCAAGGCACCCACUCCAUCCUCCGCACCCUCAUCUUCCCCAUCGUCCGCCGGAUCCGCUUCAGUAUCGGUUUCGUCACCUCAUUCCAGCUCGUCUCGCGGCUGAAGUCCCUUAUCGGCCGAUUCAACCAGAUGCCCAGCCGCCACGCCCCGCACCAUCUCAUCGAAGCCUGGGCGCUCCGCCGGCUCAACUCGGGCAUGUCCCCUCAGAAGGUCUAUGACGAGCUCGUCUUCAUCCGCGAGCGCGUCAGGGACGAGGCCAUCCAGGACGUCGUCGAGGCGGUAUCGAAGCAACUCGGGCUGGAGAAGAAGGACACCCAGGACCAGGACGACUCUCCCGGUUCUCCCUCCUUCAGCUUCCCCCGCGUCUCCCCGCCCACCCCAAGCAAGGUGUUCGGCUUCUUUUCGAGCAAGAAGGCUGCGCGCAAGACCAUGGAACCACCCAGGAAGGGUCCCUCCGGCUUCCUCUUCCCCGCCGGCUUCAACCCGGACCGCCGCCCCUCCCUCCCCGUCACCCCCUCGCAGGUCCCGCAUCGCCUCGUCAUCUCCAGCCCACUCACCUCGAGUAGCCUGACCAGCUUCCAAUCUUCCGACAGCUUUGACCUGAUCAUCGCUCAGAGCCAGCCUCACGUCGCCGAGCUCUUGUCGCAAAUUAUGACCUUCUCGGAGGCGUCGGACGUUCGGCUCAUCCUCCUCGACUAUAUCGUCGAGUCACGGUACCGCCUGCACAGCGGAGGCGGGGCCGACUGGUACUUUGGCUCCGGGCGGGAAUCGGCCGCGUCCACCCUCGACACCCUCGAGGGUAGGCUCGUCGGCAAGCGGGACGUCAUGGACCUCGCGGCGGUCUUUGGCGAGAUCCGAACCCAGUUCGAUAUCCCUCCUCCCGGAUCCCCAAUCCGUAUCGGUAUCAGGGAGAGGCGGAAAUUGAUCAACCCUCCCUUCGUUGACACUACCCGUCAAAUGUACCACCAGGACGUCCCGCAAGAUAUCGUUGAGAGUCGGGGCGUCUCGUUCGAUAUCGACUCGUACUACCAUCGUCACAUCACGGAGGAGGACGAGUUUGAGCUGGAGCUUGAGAGGGAGGAGCGGACGGUCGAGUCGAGGGGGUCGUCGUCCGAGACGGUCAAGGCACGGCGGAAGAGCACCGGCGCAUCAUCCCAGUUCUCCCUCAGCAGCAACCUCUCCACCAAUACCGACGCCCUCACCAUUCCGGCGACCGAUAACCGCUCAUCCCUCUUCUCCACCUACACCUUCUCCAUCCGGGAGGCCAAGAUCGGCACGAUCGAUCAGGGUCACCUCCACGCUUCCCAAUCGGACGAUUCCCUCGCCUCCCCCUCCCAGACAUCCCCACUCGGGAUGUUCUUCCCCUCUCGCUCCGAGUCGUCCCCUCAUGACGCGUACGCCCUUCCCUCUCCCGGUGCGCGGUACCGUAUCGACCGUAUGCAGUCAUCCUCGGGCGGCCAUCUCGGUAUUCCCCGCUCAUCCUCCCCUGCCGGCUCCUUCCACAGCCUCCUCUCCGCGCUCGACCUCGAGACCCGGAUCCCCGCCGACCUGCUCGACAGAUUCCCGGACCCCUCGACGCUCUCCCCACCUACUACCCCUCCCGACACGGCUACGCCCGCCAGCGACCGAGCCAGGCGGAAGCAGAACCGCCAGUGCGUCGUCGUGGACAACCUCGAGCUGUCGCCAGAUAGGCACUACCAAGACUUUCCCGAGGAAGUGGCCACGCCCACUCUCGAGCCCACUCGGCGGCGAUACACCUCCGCUCCUGGCGCGAGCGUCUCCACCCUAAACUCCAUCGACGAGUCGGUACCUACCCAGCCCGGAGACCUGCCCCUUGCGCAGCUGCUCGCGCUGUUCACUGGUCAGACGGGGGCGGUCGGGGGAGCCAGGGAGGGCACGACCCCAGCAGAUGUCGCUCGUGCGGCGACGGCGUUCGUCUAUGGGGAGAUGCAGUAUGCUGACGAGCUGGGAUCGGGGUGGGACGCGGAGGAUCAGCGAAGGGUCAUCUGGCUUCUUAGGCAGAUUGCGGCUCUGGUACGUUCAUCGUCUCUUCCUUUACUCACAAACUCAAGCUGA